CCGGAGGAUCCCCGCCGCCAGCAGCCCGCCAGCUAACAGGCUAGCAGCACCAUGCCCUCCUCUCGCUGAACGGAACCGGCGACCGGACCGACACCGUUCUGCUCAGCGCGGAGCUACCGGCCACCGUAGCGCCUGGUCACCGCUCACCCUCCGCGGGGCGGCCGAGGAUGGUCGCGGGGACGGGGUCCGCUUCGGAGGAUCGUCCCGGCACCGCCUGCCCCGCAGGACCCGGACAGUGCGGGACCCGGUUCAUGUAGCCCGGUCCGGUCCACUCCGGGGCUGCAGACAUGCAGGCCGCGCAGCCGCAGUACGACUUCUUCAGCGAGGACAACGUCGGCAAGUGGAGAGGCCUGCUGGUUCCGGCUCUGGAGAAGGUGUUGUACCAGGUGCAUCCUAACCUGAAGUCCCAGCAGGAAGCCCUGCAGUACAUCGAGGAUCUGAUCCUGCAGCUGCUCAGCAUGCUGUGCCAGGCUCAGCCGCGCACCGUGCAGGAUGUGGAGGAGCGAGUCCAGCGAAGCUUUCCUCACACCCCAUCGAUAAGUGGGCCAUCCUGA